AGUUAGUAGGCUCCGGUUGUGGCCUGAUUGCGCAAUGUGGUAUCCACUCUUGAUGAUCAUGUUGGGGGCAACCUUGUGCCAUGCUGAUGCUCGCUUCGAGUGUACCAGUGAAGUUCGCGAUGAGAUGGAUCGCUGCAUGAAUACUGCCGUGAGUCAAUCAACACGGAGAUGCUCAAUAGGCCGCUCCGUCUCUUCGAUGGAAAUGAACACGCAGUGUUUAAAAUGCAACAGUUGCAAAACGUCACGAAAUCGGUGCUUAAUCGUUGCUCUGAGUAAACCAGCAUACUCCGGUUGCCGCCACGCACAAGCCCUACUGAACACAUUACGACGCACAACGAGAAAUUGAUGGACAAUUCAACCACCCUUCCAAAUGUUCUGCACCAUACAGUAACUUUUCCUUCUUUGGUGUGGCAUAUUUUCCAGAUUGUUAGCACUACACAUCAUUAUUUCCUCCCU